AUGGAGGAAUUUUGCUGCCGCAUCAAUUUUGUUAAAGGGACUAUCGAAUCUCGUUUGGAGCGCGUAUCCUGCAAACAUCGUGCGUCAUCCGCCAGGCUCCGUCGCAUCUCUAGUCAUUUUAUGGAGGAGGAUAAUGCCCACGAUAUCUUCAAAUGGUUCAGCACUCUGGGCUCUGCACAGCAGCAGGUCUCCGUUGAUUUCCGUGACGAGACCUAUAACGCUGAACUGACUCUUCGAGGGAAUCUCUUGACCUGCGUCUCUACUAUCGACGCUAAAGUGCCUCUGCUUUUUGUGAUAGAAGGAGCAACAGUGCGUAAGUACGAAACAAAGGAUUCGUCGUUCGCCUGCCUCGUGUCGUUCCCGGAUCCAGCUGACAACCUCAUCUUGCACUUCGAUUCUGAGAAAGACCGAGAAUGUUGGAUGGUCAAAAUCGCCACCUGUUCCCAUCAAAUGGUUCGAGCGCAGCUUGACGAAACUGCAUACAAGUUCUACACAAUGGGCACUAAACAAGAUGGCGACGCAGAAGAAUCCAAGUCCAUCAAUUCUUUCUACCUAACAAAUCCUCACACAGUCAAUCAUAAUUUCGCCUUAUCACAACAGAAUUACUUGCCUGCUCGCCGCGUUUCUUUUUCUGAAACAAUGUCCGAGUCCAAAUUAUCCAUCGUGAUACCUUUGGAACUUGUGAAGUUGUACAAAAAAUGGAUUACUGAAUUUGCUGCUCUGCUGGAAUCACGGCAGCGACGCUGGCCAUCAUUUGCUAUUAAUGGGCUCCAUGACGUCCUUAGAGAAGUUCGAGAAAACUCCGAGACCCUUGAACAGUGUGCAGAAUUUCUUCAAAAUUACUCCGGUCCACCAUUUCGUAAGUCUAUGGAGAAACAUCGAGUUGCAUUUGCUCCUGUGCCUACCAACCUUCACGUUCAUUCCUCCAUUGUGGAUCAGCGAGCCUCGCAAAGUGUCAUCAGUUGCGGCACCGCUUCUUGUUUGCCUCUUCGUUUCCAGAGUGGCGGUUUGACACGCUUGCUUACAAUCUUGGAGAUAAGUCAGUCGUACCACGACUUCAAUUUCUUUUCGAACCGACAAGCCGCAGUGGAUUUGAAGAAAUACAUAGGACAACUCAAUCACAGAUUAGAAGUCGAAUGGACAAGAGACGUUGAGGCUCGCAGGUUGCUUUGCUCGGAUAUCUCAGCUGGUAUCAAAGACACGUAUGAGCGAUUGAAAGAGCUGAUCGAAAGUGUCGCUGAUGUGGAGAAUUAUGCUGAUAUCUUGGUGGAAGACGAGAAGCGAAGGUUGUUCCUGGGACAGAACAUCGAAAAGGAUGUACCUGAUGGUCUUCAAAAUCAGUUGGAUACCAUUGAUGCGAUGCUAGUCAGCUUGAGCACCAAGGUAGCAGUUAUGGACAGAAUCGAAGAUGAACAGAGCAAGAGUGAAGUUUACGAAAAAUCGGUCCAGGACGCUAUAUGUGUUUGCUUGGAUGCGUUGCUAGUGUUGGCGGAGUCAUUUUUGCAAGCACAACUGUUUGGAUUAGUGACCGAAUUACACAAACAUUCGAUGGCUCACCUCUACUUCCAUAUCCAAAUUCGGACAGACUUUGUUCUCUCUCAGGCUAUCACCAUUGCAGCCACGGCCGUCGUUGACGCAGUUUACAGGGGCUGGCCUAUUUUUGAUGGUUUUGCUGGCGAUCUUCUUCUCACAAUCUUCUCGUUUUUGUCCGCUUAUGGUGAUGAAAAGGGAAUGGCGGAGGACGCAUGGGAGGCUUGGCGCCAACUUGAGUCAAGAGUAACCUUUUGUCUAGUCCGCGCUCCAUCACAAGUUUGUCGAACCUGCGUACCUCUUCUAUCUGGUGCACGGACGCAAAUCAGUGUUUCAAUACCAUUGCCUCAUAGCAUAUAUGAUUCGCUUCCUGCUUCGCUCAAAUCUCGGAAGUCUAUCUCUGUUCGUUGUGCUUAUUUCAAUAUUGGGGUCAACCAUGAAGCAACUUUGGGACAAUCAUUUGGCGGCGUCGCACUGGAGACUUCUAUCAACCAAGAGGGCGCAGAGAGACUGUUGUCGUAUUCAAAUCGCUAUACUGUUGAACAAAGCGCUAGAGACGCUGUCAUGGAACUUGUUAAUGCUGUCGCUAGCGAACCAUCAAGGAAAAAUCUUGCUAUCUACGAAUGGGCAAUGGCGUCAUGUGAGUCAUUGAAAGGACAAGCAGUAAUCUGCUGCAAAAGCGGAAAAGACCGUACUGGCAUGGCUGUCACGAUAGAACAGGGACGGUUAUUGCGGGAAACAUGUGGCCUCAAUGCAGCGCAGCUCCAAGAAGUGAUUGCAUCGCUAAGGAGAGAUGGAGCUCGAAGAGAAAAUUGCCGAAAAAAUGUUGGCAAAGCAAUGUAUUCUUUCAGUCCCUUUCAGAUGCAUUUCCUUCCCAAGGUUUUUCGACCACCAAGUGGAACAUACGCUCAAGGAGUUGCCAGCUGAUCACGACAUAUCGCGCAUGACUUCCUCAAAUUAUUUGCAACUAUCAAGUUCUUCAGGCGGGGUGUUUUUCCUUCUCAUAGCAUAACCAUCACUAGUAUUACGGUUAACCGCAUCUCCGUUAUAUCCAUGAUAUGUACAUUACUUUCUUCUAAUCUCCCCUGUUGCAUCAAUGUGAUUUGCUUGUGAUAAACUUUAUUUCUUGUGACC